CGGUUCUACAUGCACUUGACCUUCACGGCUGCGACUUGGGAGGAGAAGCAAGGUCGUGCCGGACGAGGAGCAGCUGGCUUUUAAAACGGCGCCUCCGCGCCUCCUGAGACAACAGACGACUCACAGUAUCCGACGCAGCCACCAUGGUGUCGAGAACCGCCGCGCUCGCCGUGCUCAUCGUGGCGCUAGUGUUGCUAGCCUGCUGCAACGCAGACGCUGCAGCUCCUGAAACGAAAGUUCGCGUGAGGCGCGCUGAGAAAACGUGCACGCCAAACACGACGUUCAAGAAGGACUGCAACACGUGCUCCUGCAACAAGUAUGGGACAGCCGCUGUGUGCACUCUGAAAGGCUGUCUGUCGCGCUCUACCAGGGCCGUGGCGUGUACUCCGGGGACGACGUACAAGGAGCAGUGCAACGUCUGCCGCUGUGGCCCAGACGGCAGGUCCGGUGCCUGCACCAGGAAGGCCUGUCCUCCGGGAAGCUACUGAGUGGCGGCCGCGCACGCGGGGGAAACCGCUAAUCGACGGGGCUCUCUUACCUGAAGCUAGAACUAUACAGCAAGAUGAACCACGCAGUGUGUGAUGCGAUCGUCUGGUAGGACUAUAACAUCACAUACGACGCAUCCAGGUGCUAACGAGACGAAGUGACAAGCUGAUAAAAGAUAGAUGUAUCUUUAUUUUAUUCUACCAACGUAAUACGAAGAGCAUGCGACUGUUGAAUGUUGUUUCUCUGUGUUAUUUAUUGAAAUAAGAAAUCUCAACAAACAUAUAAAACAGUAAAAAUUAUGAAAAAUUAAAUUACAGUUCUUUUUAA